AUGCCUCGUCAACGCUCCGUCGGCCGCGCCCCUUCGCGCCCUACCGCUUCUGCUCCCGCCCCUCAGCAGCACCGCCCUGCCACCACCAUGGCCGCUCCUCAGCAGCACGCUCCCCAGACCAUGAUGCCUCCCCAGCAGGUGUCUCAGGGCCCUGGACUGUUUGGUCAGAUGGCCAGCACUGCUGCCGGUGUCGCCAUCGGCUCUUCCGUCGGCCACGCAAUCGGCGGCCUCUUCUCCGGCGGCUCCUCCGAGCCCGCCGCUCCCGUCCAGGCCCAGGCCGCUCCCCAGCAGAACCAGCAGUACAACAACUGCGCCGGCGCCGCCCAGAACUUCACAAAGUGCCUCGACGAGAACGGCGGCAACAUGCAGAUCUGUAACUGGUACCUUGAGCAGCUCAAGGCUUGCCAGGCCGCUGCUAGCCAGUACUAA